AUGGAGCUUAUACGCAUUAAACCUAGGAAGAUUAUCAAAAUACAAGUGGAAAAUGAUCGGCGUCCUGAAGAUUCUGAACAUUUUUCCAGGGAUUUUUACAAUUUCAAGGAAUACAUACGAGCUGUGUUGCUAGAUGGAGAUACCCUAAGGUUCAACAAACUGCUUCUGCAAGAGUUUGUGCAAGAAUUAGUAGAUUAUAACAAAACUGAAUCUCUGGUCAAUGAACUGGAAAGUAUCAUGAAAGAUUCUAUCGAAAAACUGCUCAUGAAAAUAAACGAUAGACCAUUUGAUUCUGAAAAAAAAGAUUUGAUUGAUAUGGUAUUGAAAUCAGCGAAUACGACCGAAAUUGACAACAUUCCCCCAAAAUAUUGGCUGUAUAGUAAAUUUGAGUUCUUUUGGUGUAAAAUAAGAUUGGCAUUGAGUGAAAUCAUACAAAUUUGUGAACCCCUUGAAAAUGAAGUCUUUAAGACCAGCUCUGGAUAUGCAUUAUUGGACAAAUCGAUAUCAUAUUUUAAAUUAGACAAGGAUGAAAGGGUGGAAUUGUACGAAACAUUGCAGAUUGCGAUCCUUGAGCAGAUACAUUUAUAUAGAACCCGAAAUAAGAUUAAUUUUUGCCAACUACGUAACAUAAUGGAGAUGCUCAAGUGUAUAGAGCUUUAUGACUCUAUUGAAGCAAAAAUUUUGGAAAGCACCUCAGAAUAUUACAAAUCUCUUGUUAGCACAUUUCUUGGAAAAUAUACUCAUCCUGAAUGUUAUCGUUUAUUCCAAGAAUUGAUUUCCUUUGAGAAAUCAUCCACUAUUCAAUAUCUUACUGAUGAUAGUGUAAAAAAGGUCAUGGACGUUGUUAUGCAAGAAUUGUUAUAUACCCAUGCUUCCGAGAUUAUGAAUACAAAGACCAUAAAAUCUCUAAUAUGCGAAAAGGAUAUAGACUCUAUAAAGUUACUUCGUUCAUUAUACAUAAAAAGCGAUUUUGAGGACUUGUUUUAUAAUUCUAUCAUGGUUUCGGCAAAGGACAUGUGCAAUGAUAGUAUACUACUAUUCUUGAAGGAUAAAAAUUACACUGAUAUAAACAACUACCAUAAUGAGUUUGUUUUGGAGUUGUACAACUGCCAAAGGACAAUGGAUACAAUAAUCCGUCCAAUUAUGAUAAAUUCACAUGAUUACAACAAUAGAAUCAAGGCUUUGUGGACAUUGUUAUUGAAUGAUGGAGACGAUCGUGUGGAAUUUAUAACAAUUGCAUUGGCCAAACACACUGAUGACAUGUCUGUGAAAUUAACUACGGAAAAGUUUAUGCGUUGUCCAAACUCCAAGCUUGACUUCAUACUGCACCUAUUCAGGUUUAUCGAGAACAAGUCUUACUUUGAACUCUGUUAUCGCAAUUUCUUAUCAAUGCGGCUUCUUUAUGACCAAUAUAUUACGGAAAAUCAUAUCUCCACUAUAACCAAAUUUAAGGAUGAAUGCGGUGUAAACUAUUCAUCCAAGUUAGAGGACACUAUUUCCUAUGUGAAAGCAUCAAAAUCACUCCAAGCAGAUUUCACAGAUGAAUAUCUACCAAACUGUGAUAUGGACCGCAAAAAGGCGGAAAAAAUGGUCAAAAAUCUUAGGAAAUACAAUUUUUCUAUUCUUUUAUUAUCAAUGGACGGUUGGAUUUGCAAAAAGAUAUUUGAAAGAUCGGCCGAUCCAGUAGAUGAAAGCUUUAUUGAUCCUGAAAUUGAGCAGAGAGAUAUGCAACGUCCUGAUGUUAAUGAAAGCCUUGUAGGAAAUGAUAUGUCAAUUGAUGAUAUAAAUGACAUACAAAUUCAAUUUCGUGAAUUUUACCUGGGAAAAUAUAAAAACAAAUCGCUAAUGUUCUUACCAGAAUUUGGAUCGGUAACAAUUUCUUGUGAUUAUCCUACGGUGGAUGGAAACAAGAAAUAUGAACUGGAACUCUCAACCUUUCAAGCUUAUUGUUUACUCCUAUUCAACAAUAAGGAUGUUGUGAAUCUAAAAGAGUUUGAUGACCUUAUCCCAGGUAUAUACGCUAAAAUGUCAUACACUUGUUUUAUAGGCUACGACGAAGUUAUAAUGAGAAGACAUUUGGGAAUUCUUGGUAAACUUCAACCCGAACCCCUCAUUGUAUUCUACGACAAAAGCUUAAACUUUGAUACUUGUAUAAAAACUGAUUAUUUCAUGUUUAACAAGAAUUUUUAUUCGGAAAAUGACACUCUAGACUGUCGUUGCAAAUCCAAAGAACUCUUUUCAAAGGACCUUUCAUUUUCUAACAAACGAGGAACGUUUGAGGAUAUGUUACCAUUCAUUGAAUCCACAAUCGUGCGAUAUUUGAAACAAACAAUAGAAGCAUCAAGCACCACCCUAUUCAAAAUGUGUUGCAAAAAUUCCCAGUACACCAUAUCCAGAGAUCAAUUUAACAAGGUCAUAGAUUCGCUAGUAAACAGGGAAUUCAUCAAGUUUAACACAUCAAACAAGGAAUUUGUGCAAUAUAUACCAUAA